GGACGAUUAGAUUUUAAAUUGCCAAUCACGAAUAUUUAUUUACAAAUUUCGUGUUAUAGGUUAAAUCACAAAGUCAAAAUGACAAUAUCACAAAAAUGCAUGAUAAAACUGUUAAUUAAAUGUGAUAAAUUGGUAGAUAAUUGAAAUUGCACUUUUCGAGCACUACAAAUAUUACAUGACAUUAUGCACGGGGAUUUCUUUAUAAGGAAUAACAUAAAACAAAGACCAAACAGCGAUUCAGGUCUUUGGGUACUGUUUUUAUUGCCAAUUUCGGUAAUUUUAUCAACUCUAAAACAUUCAAUUAUUGCAACACCUACUUACAAAUUAGCUUCAUUAGUAUGUACGGGCAUGAUAAUAGUGUCUGUAAUAAUUACAAUACAGAAGUACAAGAAUAAAAUAUUGACCAUUCUAACACCGUGGACUGUAAUAGCAUUUUUGAUUAUAACUCUUCUAUUUCAUAUUAGUUUGGAAAAAGAUCUGGUCUUUUCAUUAUUUGGAAGCUUAUUUUCAACAAUAUUAUAUUUCUGCAUUUAUAAAUGUAUAUUGAUGAAAUUUAAAGAAUGUUUUACAUUAGGAGAAGCUGGAAUUAUCAGUCAAAGUUUAAUACUUUUCCUAUAUUUCACAAUUAUAAAUGUUAUAAACCAUAUAUCACAAAGUAUGGCUUUUAAAAGUAAUAUGCAAGUUGCAACUUUAAUAAUUCAACUAGGACUUUUAGGAAUUGGAAUGAUUGCUUAUAUCUCUUAUUUAUUUGCAAUAGGAAGUACCAUUAUAUUUUAUACUGUAUUUAUUGGUAUCAUAACAACUAUUAUCAUCAUUCCUCUACAUAUUUUACUCCAAAGGAGUCCUGUUUUAUGGAUUUACGACCAAAUGACUGAAGACUGGACCACUAUUAAACUGAUUUUAUACUGGAUAUUUUGUUCCGGUAUAGCUGUUCUUGCUAUAAUUAACCAAAUAUUUUAUGCUAGAAAAGCUUCGACUGGUACAAGAAAAAUUUUUCAUUUGUUAGCUGUCGCUGUUUAUAUAGCAGGACUUUUAUACAGAUGUUCAUUUUUGUAUUUAGCAAGUGGAGUUGUCUUAGGAAUAUUUAUAGCCUUAGAGAUUCUACGACUGUUACGUAUGCCGCCAAUUGGUAUCCACCUGCAAGAUGGGUUUGUAGUAUUUAAUGAUGAAAAAGAUGGACCAUUAGCUUUGACUCCAGUAUACUUACUCGCAGGAUGUUCCUUACCGUUAUGGAUCCAUCCGUCGCCUUGCGACGUCACUGAUUCUGCCUCUUUCAAUUUAGUUCCUCUCUUAAGUGGAAUACUAAGUAUUGGAGUUGGGGAUACAGCAGCUAGUAUUAUUGGAUCUACUUAUGGGAAAUUUUUUUGGCCCGGAUCAAAAAAGACUAUCGAAGGAACUGUAGCUUGUAUGUUAGCUCAAAUUGGAUUAUUGUACAUAUUAAUUUUUUUUGGAUUUAUUCAACUGAUGUCGUCUGUGGAAAUAGGAAAAUUAUUUUUCGCAAUAUUCGUCACUUCGUUGGUGGAAGCGAAGACAACGCAAGUGGAUAAUCUGGUCCUACCAUUCCUCAUGUAUAUUAUAUUAAUUUAAACAUAUUUUAUUACUUAUUUUUUUGAAUAUAUUUUACAAUUUUCAACUUUUGGUCCAAUUUUUCUUAUAAAUUAAAAAAUACAUUCAAACAUAA